GAGCAUUUGGCGGAACACAGUUUACUUAGAGCAGAGCAACAUGGUUUCAUUAAAAAGAAGUCGUGCCUCACUAAUCUACUGUGCUUCCUCGAUGAGAUUACUCGAUGUCUUGACGACAGGAUUCCGGUAGAGGUCUGCUAUCUUGACUUUAGCAAGGCUUUCGACUCAGUAAAUCACCGUUUCCUACUUGAAAAAUUAGCAUGGUUCGGAGUACAUCCUAGACUUCUGUCUUGGGUGUCAGAAUUCUUAUGUGGGAGAACGUUUCGAGUUAGAAUCGGUGAUGUGAGUUCUAGUGUGGGCGUGGCCUACAGUGGAGUACCCCAAGAAUCGGUGCUAGGUCCACUUUUGUUUCUUAUGUUUAUAAACGACUUGGCUCCUCUUAUUGAAGACCCCUGUUAUAUCUUUGCGGAUGACUUGAAGCUAGUCAGCAGGGGCAACCGUGCAACACUGGCCAAGCAUAUCAUCAGUGUGGUAAACUGGUCGAAGCAAUGGGACUUGCCCUUGAAUGCAAGCAAGUGCCAAAUUCUGACCACUAGUAGAGACGUACUUGCAGUUCAGACUUCCUCUGGGCCCUUCCCCUUACAAUGCACUACCCAGGCACUCGAUUUAGGAGUCAUCAUGACGAGCAGCUUCAAGCCUUCGAUGCAAUGUCGAUACGCCGCCAACAAAGCGCGACGAGAAUUGUUUCGCCUCAGGAGGGCUCUGUGUAAUACCAAGCCAGAAGUGUUCCUGCCACUAUACAAAACAGUGGUUAGGCCACACUUAGAGUAUUGUGUUCAAGCUUGGUCGCCCUAUCUCCGUGAUGAUGUUCUUUGCCUGGAGAAGAUUCAAAGACUAACAACCAGGAUGGUUGAAGGUCAACGGGGGAAGCUGUAUGAAGAUGGCCUAAAGAGCCUGGGGUUGUUUUCCCUUGAACGGCGUAGACUGAGAGGCGAUCUGAUAGAAACAUUUAAGAUCAUGAAGGGCUUCAGUGCCAUCGUGCCCUCUGAUUUAUUUGAGCUGGCUGAUUCUGAACGCUUGCGUGGACAUCGCUUGAAGCUCAAACAGCAGAGGGCUAGACUGAACGUCAGGGCUAAGUUCUUCUCGAACCGUGUAGUGCGCAACUGGAAUAAGUUGCCUUCGGAACUAAUGGAUUGUGAGACUGUGGUUGCCUUCAAAGCAGGCCUAGACAGGUGCUGGCCGCGUAUUUUUCCGGAAUUAAUAUAAUCC